AUACGGACUUCCAUUAGACGCCCUAACUGAUACCUACGGUACCUAUCUCCUGCGUACUCCGCCGGGCAGCACAGAGGUAUCUUGCAAUGGCCGCUAUCGCCGCACGGCUUUAUAGCUUCUCGGAACAUCUCGACGUGGCCAGCCCGACUCCGCAAUCCGCCAUAGCAGAAAGGCGUCAUCGGCAACCCUCUCCGUCUAGUACCUACUAAUUAGCUCGCCGCCCUUCCCCUCACCGAGCCACCGCCGCCUUCAAACGUAUUUCUAAAUAUAUAUAUAGUACCUACCGGCGACGUAGUAGCAUCCCUCUCCAUUGACUGGGAAACGAGAAGCAGAGCGGCUCGAAGACGAGAACGAAAAGCGCGGAGUGGCACAAGCGUGAGAAGAAGGAGGAAAAGGAAAGAAAGAAAAAAGAGAGGAAGCGAGAAGACCCCGCAGCCGCCAUGGCGUCCGCGCAGCAGCAGCCGCCCGAGAUCGCCGUCAACGACCUGACGUACAGCUUCCCCGACAACCGGACGGGCGUCCGCGGCGUGUCGCUGCGCGUGCCGCCGCGCAGCCGCACGCUGCUCAUCGGCGCUAACGGCGCCGGCAAGACGACGCUGCUGCGGCUGCUGGCCGGGAAGCGGCUCGCGCCGGCCGGCAGCAUCAGCGUGUCGGGCGUGGACCCGUUCAAGGACGGGCUCGAGGGCGUCACCUACCUGGGGCUCGAGUGGGUGCUCAACCCGAUCGUGCGCACCGACAUCGGCGUCGGCGAGCUGCUGCGCUCCGUCGGCGGCGACGCCUUCCCGGCCCGGCGCGACGAGCUCGUCGCCGUGCUCGACGUCGACGUCGCCUGGCGCAUGCACGCCGUCAGCGACGGCGAGCGCCGCCGCGUCCAGCUCGCCAUGGGCCUCGUCCGCCCCUGGUCCGUCCUCCUGCUCGACGAGAUCACCGUCGACCUCGACGUCCUCAGCCGCGCCGAGUUCCUCGCCUGGCUCAAGCGCGAGACCGACCUCCGCGACUGCACCGUCGUCUACGCCACCCACAUCCUCGACAACCUCGCCGGCUGGCCCACCCACCUCGUCCACAUGCACCUCGGCACCAUCCGCGAGUGGGGCCCCGCCCAGGACUUCCUCGACCGCGCCGCCGCCGCCGCCGCCCCCGGCACCGGCAUCGGCAACAGCCGCUUGGGCGAGCUCGUCCUCGGCUGGCUGCGUGCCGACCUCAGGGACCGCGGCCCGAGGAACCAGGCCAAGAUGGGCACCGAGGGGCUGACGUACUCCCAGGGCGGCCUGGGCGGCUACGGGCUCGAGGACGCGAGCAAGGCGAAGUAGGCUGGCUGGUCGCCUUAACUUACCUAGGUGUGUCCACGGGAUUUGGGGGGGAGGGAAGGUCAUGUGGCCAGGAAUAGAUGUACUGAACUUGCAUUACGCGGCGUUUUGCUUCAACAUCAAGACGAAGUCUACGAUAAAAAAAAGACUCGACAGGCACAUAUGGCAAGGCGUUCGGAUUGGCAAUUCAAAAGGGGGAAGGGCCCCCCCAGCAUUAGGAGAAACCCGAGACGGAGUGUGUGUGCUAUUUGAGAGACACAUUUGAGAUACCCCUUUCAACAGAGGAGAAAACGUAGAUAGCAUUCAUAAAACCGACCAGAGCACAUAUCGCACAAUCACAUCGAACUCGCUGUUUAAU